CCUAGCUGCCGCUCAUCAACACAGCAUCAAUCACCAAUCCAAUCAGUUCACUGCCCAUCGCAAAUCAACGGAAUUCACAGUCCAGUCACAGCAAGAAGCUAAGAAGAGAUCAAUGGCGGGUGCGGCGAAGGCGUCGUUGAUGGUGGCGAUGAGCGUGGGCGCCGUGGAGGCGCUCAAGGACCAGGCGGGCCUCUGCCGCUGGAACUACGCGAUGAGAUCGAUCCACCGAGCCGCCAAGUCCAACGCGCGCGCCGGUGCCGGCGCCGGCGCCUCGCAGGCCAAGAAGAUGCCUGCUUCUGCGGCGGCGGCGGCGGAGUGGAGGAGGGCGGAGAGAGCCGAGGAGGGGUUGAGGACGGUCAUGUACCUCAGCUGCUGGGGUACAAAUUAGCAUAGCUUUGGUCGCUACUCGCUAGCUAUAGGAGUCGGGCUUGGAAGUGGUAACCAUGGCUUGAGACUUGCCGGUUGCCUGUUCCUGCUUGAUUGUAUAUACCACGAUGAUGAUGAUAAUGGUGAAAGCUUCUGGUACUUGAGUAUAAUUGUUGUGUCAUGGCCCUAAUGCUUUGAGAUCGUGAUAAGUUCUUCCUUGGUAGUAGUACCUGAUUUCGUUCUUAAACAGGAAGAACUUGCUUGUCCUGACAGAAAUGAGACGAUUCUGAACCCUGCACUGUGGCUACGGAAUUAAAUAUUCACUGAUUCACAUCCAUGCUGAAUUGACUAUGGGAUCACGAUCAGUCAUUUUUUUUU